AUGGCCUCUUGUCGUAUCUGCCUCGACGAGCUGAAGAGGCCUGUUUCGCUUCCCUGUGGACAUAUUUUCUGCAGCCAAUGCAUCAUUCAAACGGUGCAAGCCGUAAAGCCGUAUAGCAACCUGCACCCUUGCCCAACCUGCCGCACACAAUUCAACAUUGCCCCUCUUAACAUAUCCGUCGUCCCAUCUCAUCUGCGGCCAUUCGUGAACCCCAGUAUCCGCAGGGUGUAUGUCGAUCUUCCGGACGCUGAGUCUACCGCCGACGCCGUCGACGCCGACACUGAUGGCAAAGCCCCACCCGCGGCGUCCGGGUCACCCGGGCCUAGCACGUCUGGGCCAUCGUCCUCAUCGUCGGAGGCUGCACGUCUGCGCGCGGAGAACCACACCCUCCGCAACAACUGCGCCAUGUGGCGGCGGCGUGCAGAAAUGCACGGAACCGCCAACCUCGGCCUUUUGAAUUUUGCGCGGGUCAUCCGCGACCAGGCUGCGCAGCUCGCCCGCGAGCGAGAUGUGCUCCAGAAGCGCUUUGAAAGCCUCAAACGGCGGCUGGACGAUGACGAAUCUAUCAACUCAAAGCCUGGGGUACCCGUAACCGGCGGCUGCCCGCGGUCAGUUAUUGGCGCCCAGAACGCCUCCGAGCUGCAUCCAGACUCUCUGCUCUUCGCCCCACUGCUCCUCCCCGACUUGUCGCCUGGACAGAACCCGAGUGGACCAUCUACAUCUACGCCAGUGGAAUCUUCCAGCGAGAAUCUCGAUCGUCCCAGAAAGCGGGCAAAGUACAUCAGCCACUCUGUGAAGACCCAACCUAUCAUGCAUACCGCAGGCCCCACGACCAACCAGGCCGUUCCGCCAAUCGCACACGAAACGCCAUGA